AUUCCCGCCGAAGCUGUACUGCUGAUACUCAAACAUCCUCCAGUCCUAACAUGUGGAAGUCCAAGGGAAGCAGCAAGCCUUGUCUCUCGUCCUUGAAUACAGAGAGGCUAUUAGUAGUGUUUUACACGUGAAACUAAUGAAGUAACAUGUUAGGAGCUCAGACGAUGGCAGCCAAGGACGAAAAGUCGACACGUGGAAACGAUGAAGAAGCUCUUCGCAAAGAGGUCACCAAAAAUGUUCGCGGGCUUCUUCUAUCCGUGCAAAAUGGACUCACAGUGGCAGAGAUUCAGAGAGAUUAUAAAUGUAUGAUCGGAAAGCCGUUUCCAUUUCGUGAAUUGGGUCACAAUACUCCGUUAGACUUAUUGAAAGACUUGUCAGAUGUUGCUCGACCAAGUUGGGAAAAUGGCGUGUUGGUUCUUCGAGGUAUUCCUGAUGCUACCACAAGACACAUAGCUCGUUUAGUUGCCAGGCAAAAGAAAAGUUCUCCCAGGAGAAAGAAACGUCUCACCUCAUAUCAACCUGAGCAAGCACCAGUUCUACCUCACUUCAUAAGAACACAAAUAAAAGAACUUCUGACUGGUUAUCCAUCAGGGUUACUGGGCUCCAUGUUUGCUGCAGCUUUUAAGCGAAGGUUUGGUGAGGAAAUUAACUAUAAAAGAUUGGAAUUUAAAUCACUUAAUCAGCUUCUGGAGGCAAUCCCUGAUAUAGUGGAGAUUGAACAUAUGCGAGGAGGAGGGUUCAGAGUGUAUGGCAAACGCUUUGAAACAGAUAAUUCAGAUAAAGCACCUGAUCCUGGGGUUAGCUUUCCUGUCAGAACCAACAGUGCUUCAACUGGUAAGCAUCAUCCCACACCAAAUGGCAAUACAGGAGGCAAGCCUUCCAAAACAAUUCAGCAAUCUGCUUCAAUUAAAGCCCAGUUUGACAGCAACAGUACAAUUAAUAUAAAAUUACAGCAGGAGUGUAUACAGGUAUUAGCUAGACGACCAAAUGGUAUAUGGGCUGCCCGAUUUCCAAUAGAAUACAAGAAUCUCCAUGGCAAGGAGCUGAAUAUCAAACAGUAUGGAUUUAUGAGUGUUGUGGAAUUUGUGGCUGCAAUGCCAGAUGUUGUAAGAAUAGAGAGACCCACAAAGGUGGACUGGCUUCUUCUCCUUGCUAAAGAAGUGAAAGAAGAUCAUACACAAGCAAAUGGUGUAGUUCCUGCAAGUCCUGCUCCAGUUGAAAUGCACAAAGAGCCUGUCUCACCUUGUAUCCCUGGUAAUCCACUGAACCUACCUGAUGGAGUAGGCAGGGGAGUCUACUUUUCAAAAAUAACAGUCCCAGAGUGUGGAUUUCUUGAAGUCUCUGUCACACACAUCAUUGAUCCACACCAUUUUUGGGUUAUGCUGAUUGAGAACUGGCCAGCACUGAGAGCUUUGACUGAAGAAAUGAAACAAUUCUAUUCAAGUCGAGAAAGUGCACAUUACAAGAUGCCUGGUUGGUUUGUCUCAGUUGGCCAGGCCUGCUGUGCUCUGUAUGAAGAUGGAUCUUGGUACCGCGGUCUGGUUGUUGGUAUACAGUCUGUGGACAGCAUAGAGGUUUUCUAUGUGGAUUAUGGAAAUAAAGCAAGGUUGCCAUUGUCAAGUCUGAGAGUGCUAAGGUCACAAUUUAUCAAACUUCCAGCGCAAGGACUUCCUUGUAAAUUAGCUCAUAUUCAACCUUUUGGAAGGGCUAAAGAAUGGUCACCUGGUUCUACCCAUAAGUUUUAUCAUUUGACAAAGAACUAUAAACAGCUGGUAGCACUUGUUUGCGGUAUUAAGGAAGGUACAAUGUGCCUUUGCUUGUGUGACACUAAUGCUCCAGAAGACCUUCAUAUCAAUGAUGAACUUGUAAAAGCAGAUUAUGCUGAUUUUGUUCCUGAUAAAUCUCCCCAAUCUUCAUCUCCUGAUGGACAGAAUCAUGACAGAGAAGCCAAGAUACAGGUACAACAGCAGCAGCAGCCGCAGCAGCAGCCGCAGCAGCAGCCGCAGCAGCAGCCAGCUCCAGGUCUCUCCAUUCUCAGCCCAGAACAGUUAUACUUACAACAGCAAGCUGUGUCUUCUCUGUGUGCAUCAUCCAGUAACCACUCUUUAAUACCAGACUUCCCACUUUCAAUUGAAACUUCUUUCCAGCACAAUGUUGCAAGCUGGUUAAAUCAGUCAGCUCUAUACACAGCUCAGCUAGUACAAACAAAUGCAUGGCCUCAUCAAAACAAUUCAGAUUUACAUGCAAAUCCACCUUUGGAUGCUGAUGAACUGGAUUUAAUAGAAGAAAUAAAUCAAGAGUUGGACCUAGAUGUGCCCAACAGUCAAUUUGAUUUUCAUAUCAAGAGGGUGCAGAUAACUCAUGAACAUUCACUUCACAUCAUCAAUUUUGAAAAUAAACCAUACCUCAUCAGUGCAGAAAUCUCAGCUCUGUUUUGGGAUAGUGAUUUGCUGAGAUCCAUGCUUCGCCAGAAAAAGAAAAUUGUUGCUAAGGUGGUUGUGUCUAGUUCUGAAAAUGAGGAAUUAUUUGAAGCUCUUAUCAGAUGGAAAGUUCCAGGUGUUAUGGAUGGAGAUGAACCAAGAAGUUUUGUCACUCUUUAUGAAUUUGAGGGGCUUCCAGAGAUUUUCAAAAUCUUUGACCAUCAUUCAGAGGAUCUAUUGUCAAGUUUGUUAGAGGAAAUAGAAUGUUUCAAGAAGGAAGGCAAAAACUACUGGACUUCAAAGAAGGAGGAACAGCUUUGCUCUGAAGGAGGAAGCAGUUCUGAGGAUCAAUUUUCUGAAAGUGAACUGGGCAUUGAUGAAAUUCAGCUUCUUUUGCAAGCUAUGCAGUUUAGGAGGAAGCGCAUUCUUCAGGGGCUGAUGUAUGGUUGUUCCACUGGUGGCAGUGUUGAUGAACUGCAGGAGGUGGAAUUAAAGAUUGAGUUACUGCAACAGGAAGUACAGCAUAAACUAAAGAACUCAAUAUAGAACUAAGGGGAUUGUAAAGUGCUUAGAAGCUUGCAGCCAGGGCUAUAUAAAUUGUAAUCUCAAUGCUUACAGAUGACUGCAAGACUGAAGACUGGUGGACAUGCAAAUUAAACCGGUGAACAGUGUGCACUGCAAGAUGAUUGAAUUCUGAUAAAGAUAACUUCUAAGAAAGAGCACUCUGUUGCGUUAUAUGUUUCUACAAAUCUAAAAGGCAGCGGACAAAGGCUUAUAGGGAACUUUGAGUUCUGUUUAAACCAGUACCUGUGUUUUACAAGAAAACCAAGAUGACCCAUUACUGAAGAAUACUCACAAUCGUAUUACUGAUUUUUAUUCAAUCUGAAAUUAGAUGUACAAUACAGUCUACUUAACUAAAUCAACUAGUAAUAAACAAAACAAUCAAAGAGCAAAGCGAGAAUAAUUGGUAACAGGUAAGCACCAAAUCACAGGAACAUGUCUGAAAAUACAGUUCUCUGGCAAAAACUAAGCUACUUCAAAUUGGACUAAACAUAUCAUAUCACGUUUGCAGUUGGGCGCAUACAAGGUUAUCACAAGAUCCUUAAUUGUUCAUUUUCUACAUAGUUCAAUUAUUACAUUCAUAUUAACAACUUGUUUUUAAGAACUUUCAAUAGCUUUUAAUGCAAACAUGUUUUUUGGCAAAAUGAAGGAUCAUAGAUGUAUGUAUUUGCUAUAGACACACAAUAUAUUAAGUUUGAGAGUUUAAAAUAACAGAGGUUUUUUUUUCAAAAUUAUUAUUAGUGGCAGUUUUUGGAGCCACAUAAUGUCCUUUAUUUGGGCAGAGAAAAGCAUCAGUGGCCUCUUCACAACUUGAGAACUUAUUUAAAAAAUGAUUAAUUACAAAUUCCCAUUUGUUUUAAUAUGAAAUCGGCUGGAAUUGACAGAUAGUUUAAGAUUUUCAAAAAGCUUUAAAGAUUGUUAUUUUUUUCCCUAUAAAGAAUUUUUGGGAGCUUAACACGCUGAUGCAUGGCUCCUUAGUAAUGAUAAUUCAUACUUACAGAGACAUUGUUUACGUUUUGGAAUACAUAUUUCAAAAUUUUGAUUAUUUAUGGGCUCAGUUUUAUGCCUGUAAACAAAUUUGGCUUUCCUCAUGUUUUGUAACUAUUGUAACAGGUGGAGG